AUGAGCGCCGGCCGGUCCCCGCAGGCCAAGUACCUGGCGCAGAUCAUCCUGGUCGGGGCCCAAGUGGUCGGACGGGCCUUCAUGAGAGCGCUGCGCCAGGAGUUCGCAGCGAGCCGAGCUGCAGCAGAUGCACGGGGCCGCUCAGAGAGGCCUCAGUCUGCCGCCGCCUCCAGGAUCAUUGGCAUCAGCCUCCAAGAAGCUCAGCAGAUCCUCAAUGUUUCCAGCCUCAACCCGGAGGAGAUCCAAAAGAACUACGACCAUUUGUUCAAGGUGAACGACAAGUCGGUGGGAGGCUCCUUCUACCUGCAGUCCAAGGUGGUGAGAGCCAAGGAGCGGCUGGACGAGGAGCUGCGCAUCCAGGCCAAGGACGAGAAGGAGAAAGGCUGGAAAGCCGAGACGUGACUCUCGUCACUUGUAUCACUGCUUCCCUCUCCCUUAAGUUAUAGGUGGCCAAUAAACGCCGUGUCCUCCACCACCUGGCCUGGCUGCUCUGCUCCCUGGGAGGGACAGGGGACGGCCCCAGCCGUGCUGCUGCCUUGGUGCUGUGCCCCGGCUGUUGGUGUGCAGUGCAGAAACCUGACCCAGUCACAGUGGGCCGGCACGGGCUGGGUUCUGCCCUGCAGAUGAUGGAGGUGGCACUGAGAAGGAAGGGUGUCCCCAGCUUGGCCUCAGGGCAGCCAGGGCUCAAAUCACACCCGGGAAGGCCGCAGGAGCUAUUUUAGUGGGGGUUGGAUGCUCACAGCCUGACUGCACGCAUGCCUCUGGCUCUGCACCACGUGAGAGCGGGGAGCUGCGUGCAGAUGGGCAGCGGGGCGGCCACUGGGUCGGGCACGGUGGUGUGGAGCCUUGUGGGGACACGGCAGGGCUGUCCCCAAUUGCAUUCCCCCCAGGAGGCCAGGCAGGGCCAGCUGUGCCCUCAGCUCUGAGGUGAUGGCAAGCCAUGUCACCCACUUCCCCUUUGUUCCCUGGCAGGAGCUCAGUGCUUUGUCCCCACCUCUGGCUCCUUGCUGCCCUUGGGCCCUGGGCGCAGGCGGGUAGCGUGGUCGCAGACUGAAACAGGAACUUACUUCAACUUCACUUUAUUGUUUUCUUAAUAAACUUCCUCUCCCAUGGAGGAAUAUAGUGUUAUAA